AUGUACAACAAUGUCACGUACACGCCAGAUGAGAGGCAGCUUUUGGACUUCAAACUUGAACACCCGGAAACAAUUGGACUAUGGACCAAAAGUUCGGGUGAACCUACUGAAGUACGAGAUAUAUUAACAAUCAACUCCGAUCAAUUCAAUAACCAGCUUUUAAUCGAUUCGAUGAUGAACUUCAAUGCCGAACGAAUACCCGAGAGAGUGGUCCAUGCAAAGAACACUGGUGCUUUCGGUUACUUUGUGGUUACCAAUGAUGUCUCAAAGUAUACAUACGCAGACCUCUUUAACGGCAUAGGCAAAAAGACGCCGUUGGUUGCUAGAUUCUCCCCUUCGUUACAAAACCGAGGCGGUAGUGACCUUGUCAGAGAAGCUCUAGGUUUAGCAGUGAAAUUCUAUACCAAAGAGGGAAAUUUAGAUCUCUUAUGCCUUCACACACCUAUUUUUUCAUUCAAGGAUCCCUUGUUCUUUCCGCUUGUUUUGCAUGCGGCGACUAGAAACCCUCAAACUAACCUGUUCACUUUAACUAGCUUUUGGGACAUAGCGGUUCAGAAACCAUCGGUAAUUCACGUUUUCUUUUGGCUCUUUUCUGAUUAUGGUAUUGUUGAUGGAUACAGGAAGUCGGACUUCUUUCCUAUUCAUACCUACGAGCUUGCUAACAAACAUGGAGAAACACAUUAUGUCAGGUUUAACUUUAGGACUGAACAAGGUUUCUCAGCAAUCUCAAGUGCUGAAGCAGCUCUUAUAAUAGGACGGGAUCGAGACUACUCCGUACGAGAUCUGUAUAAUGCCAUUGAACGAGGUCAUUAUCCUGCUUGGAGACUUGAAAUGGACGUGAUGACGGAACAUGAUAUACAAACAGUAGAAUACGAUCCAUUCGAUGUCACUAGAUUAUGGGAGAAUGGAACUUUUACUACCGUACAAAUUGGUCGUUUGAUAUUAAAUAAAAAUGUAGAUAAUGUAUUUUCAGACAUAGAACUAACGGCUUAUAAUCCAUCAAAUCUAGUACCUGGAAUUCCUGGCCCACCAGACGGCUUAUUCAGAGGCAGAAGAAUAUUUUAUAGAGACACACAAAAUCAUCGUUUAGGGGCCAACCACAACAAAAUCUUAGUUAACAAGCCAUUGUAUGCUAAAACUUAUAACCGUGAUGGAAAACCACCUGUUUUGCUUAAUAUGCGAAAUGCGCCAAAUUAUUAUCCGAACUCUUUUAACGGACCUGUACCGUAUGUGGACGAGAAAAGACCACGAAAGAAGUUACAAUUGCUAGAAAGAAAUGCUGUUGAUUUUCAGCCGAUGUCUGAUUUCUACAAUUAUAUUCUUGAAAGUGAGGAUCAUAGAGGUAGAUUUAUUCAAAACCUCGUUGCCUCUUUAGAGCCUGUCACUCCACCUGUAAUACAGAAGAUUCUUAAAUUAUUUUAUCUAAUAGACCCUGACUUGCAUAAAAGAGUAACUGUUGGACUGACAGCUGCUUACGCUCGGCGAGCAGCCGAGCAAGCCGCGGCACAGACGACGUCCACAAACACACCUAUUAGGAAUUUUCCAACUACUGUACCAAAUCGUAGAAACUGA